CGGAUGCAUAAAAUUAACAAUUUAUGCCAACCAAGUCAUUAUUUCCUAUCCACAUUAUUGAUCCAACAUAUAAAGAUAUAAAUGAAUAUGCAAAAGAUUAUGAUUAUGAUCUACGUGGUGUACCAAUAUCAAAAUGGAUAUUGAUCAUAAAUUAUUCAUUAAUUUAUUUAAAAUAUUAUUUAGAAAAUUACUCGUUUCUGUCAUAUUUACUACCGGUGAUAUUACUUUUGAUAUUUUAUAUUUUAAUGAAUCUUGUUGAAAGUAUCAACUGUUUAUAUUAUAAAAUGAAAAUUGCAAGAGAAUGGAAAAAAUUUACAGAUAAACAUUAUCGUCCAGUAUCAACUGAAAACAAACCGGAAGACAUCAAUCUUAAACAAUCAAAACAAUCCCACGAACAAUGUAAAGAAGAUACUUCAAACGUUACAGAAGGACAACAGAAAGAAGAUUUAAUAGACCCUGUUCUUACCUGCCUACCCUAUCAUAUGAGAAAGUUACUAACAAUUACAACUGUAAACGAUAAAGUAUCGAAUGAAACUAAUACAGAAUCAAUUGAUGAAAAAAUCCAGCUUCAGGAAAUUGAAAGCCAAGGUUGGAUAAACGAAUACAUAUCUAGAGUUCGUGUUGCAAUGAAACAAGCUGCAAAGUAUCAAAAAAUAAAAUCUUAUCCUUGCGAAGAAUGGAAUUCUCUUGUGUGCUACAAUGAAGAUGGUAACGACCAAAAUGAAGGUCAGAAGAAUCCUAACAGUAUAAAAGAGGUUGAUUCGUCCAAAAUGAAAACACAACUAGUAGAUAAUGACCAGAAGGAUGAUAAAAAUAAUGAGAAGCAAAAACCGCUACUAGAAUUUCAAUUCAAAGGAACUGGUGAAUCACAUGGUAAAUUAUCUGGUACUAGGGAACAGAAUUCGUUAGCAGCGAUUUCACACAAAAAACGAAAUAAACGUUAUCAAUCAAAACAACGCUUAAUGAAAUUUAAUAAACCGUUGUAUUUAACAACUGAACAAGCGUUGUUUAAAGAUAGUGGUCAAGUAUCAAAUCUACAUAGCCUAUCAUAUAGACAGAAUAGUUAUAAUUAUUACUCAAGGCAUCAUAAAAGGCAUAAACGUUCUGAAAAAGAAAUUUAA